CACGUGUCCUGUGAUGUCCAGAGGACUGCGCCUUUCAGCAGUCCUCCCCAACCUCAGGGCUCUGCAAUCUGCCUCCUCUUUGUGGACGUUCCUUUAGGCCAGGAGAGGGGCUGAAUUCUUAGAAGACGUGGGCCUUAUGAAAUAUGAAAAAUUCUUGUCCAUGCUGAUGAGCAUUCAGCUGACAAAACCAGUUUCAGAUGAAAACCUCACAGUGAUUGACACAGACUUCGGCGGCAUUCCUGUCCGCCUGUAUUUGCCAAAAAGGAAGUCUGACAGACGGAGACCAGCUGUCAUUUACAUUCAUGGUGGCGCCUCUUCCUUAGGAAGCUUCAAGAUACUUCCCUAUGAUUAUCUGAACCGACGGACAACAAACAGACUUGAUGCGGUUGUUGUAGCAACAGACUACAGACUGGCUCCUCAGUAUCCAUUCCCAGCUGCCCUUGAAGAUUGUAUUCUUGUGGUCAAGUUCUUUCUCCAGGAUACAAUUCUUGCAAAGUACGGAGUAGAUCCUGCUCGCAUUUGUAUUUCUGGAGACAGUUUUGGUGGUACAUUGGCGGCGGCAGCAACUCAAAUGCUCCGGAAUAAUCCAGAAUACAAAGAUAAAAUUAAGGCACAAGCAUUGAUAUACCCUGGACUACAGUUUAUUGACACCUUUCUGCCAUCUUAUCAAGAGUAUGAACAUGGUCCCUUUCUAUCAAGAAAGGUAGGAAUUAAGUUGCUAAGCCUAUACAUUGCUGAAGACACAGCAGUAUUCCAGGCCUUACUGAGAAAUGAGCACAUGCCACCAGGAUCAAGACACCUGUUCAAGUUUGUUAACUGGAGUGACUUCCUUCCUGAGAAGUAUAAAAAGAACCAUGUUUACACGGAGCCCAUUCUUGGAAAACUGAACGCUUCCUAUCCAGCACUUGUGGAUAGCAGGCUGUCCCCUUUGAUAGUCAGUGACGACCAGUUACAGAAUUUGCCACUGACCUACAUCCUCACUUGUGAACAUGAUGUCCUAAGAGACGAUGGCUUCAUCUAUGUCACACGGCUCAGAGAUGUUGGGGUUCAAGUUUCUCAUGACCACGUAGAGGGAGGAAUCCAUGGUGCCCUGUGCUUCACCACAGCUCCAGUGUUUUUACGUUCAGGAUUAAGAAUGGCAGAUAGGUAUAUUAGCUGGUUAAAGGAAAAUCUGUAAACCAAAAGCAUAUGUAGGUAGGUACUUAGCAAGAUAAUCUAAGGGCAACAUAUGGAGUAUUUUAAGUUUAGUAAACAUGAUUAUAGCUUGAGCUUUAGAUAGACCUAAGUUUAGUUUAGUAUAAAGUUCAUUGUAUAUGCUUGAGAAAUUAUUUUCCUAAUCUUGGUUAACAAUAAAGUGGAGACAU